GCAGGUCAGGUGUUACGUCUCGUUUUUUAAUCGGCAUUCAAAUUGCAGUUAUUUCGAAAAUGUCAAGCAUUGCGACGAACGUUUCAACAGAAACUGUCGUCGUUCAUCCUCUUGUCUUGCUAAGCAUUGUCGAUCAUUUCAACCGAAUCGAGAAGACUGGAACGAAGAAAACCCGAGUAGUUGGAGCGCUUUUGGGCACUUGGCGUACGAAAGGUGUUCUUGACGUGUCGAGCUGUUUUGCUGUCCCAUUUGAGGAAGAUGAGAAGGACCCGAACGUUUGGUUCCUGGAUCACGAUUAUUUGAACAAUAUGUACAACAUGUGUAAGAAGGUGAACAUGCGCGAGAAGAUCGUCGGUUGGUAUCAUACAGGACCAAAGCUUCACCAGAACGACGUGGAUAUCAACGAGCUCGUGCGUAAAUAUUGCCCCGACGCCGUUCUGGUGAUCGUAAGUACGAACGAGAACGAAAUCGGUCCACCGACGAAUGCGUACGUGGCAGUGGAAGAGCUUCACGACAAUGGGACGCCAGCUACGAAAACGUUCGAACAUGUUCCGAGUGAAAUCGGGGCUGAAGAGUCCGAAGAAGUCGGGGUCGAACACUUGCUUCGUGACGUGAAAGAUGGCGGUGGGGGUUCUUUGAGUCAGAAGGUCACUGAUCACCUUCAUGGCUUGAAAGGACUCAAUGCACAGCUGAGGGGUCUUCAUGAAUAUUUCGAUCAGGUUGUGAAAGGACGUCUACCAGUGAACCAUCAAGUGGUCUAUCAUAUGCAAGACAUUCUAAACUUACUUCCCAACAUUUCGGAAACUCGAUUCGUCGAAGCGAUGAUGGUGAAGACGAACGAUGAGAUGCUCGCCAUUUAUGUCGCAUCUCUCAUCCGAGCAGUUCUGGCUUUGAAUGGCUUGAUCGGAAACAAAUACAACGACACCGACGAUUUCGACACCAUUUCUAAGAAACAGACUUCAGUAAAAGAGUUGUCUGAUAACCGGAUCGGCACAGGAACAAAUUGAUGCGAUUUGUGUUUGUGAUACAAAAUUUAUCAGGUUCAGCUUUUCGAGCAUCAGCUUUGAAUAUUCGAAAGAUUCCGUGUUUGACGAUGUUUAUGCCUCGAUCUUCCGACGUAUUUUAAACUGUGAUGUAAAACACGCUUUUUCUUCGUUCCUUGAAUGUUCAUUCUUUUGCCUCUCAUGUUGUAUACCGUGGCAAGCUCA